GACUAUCCAUGGACAGCCUCUCCACUCAUCGUCUCAGCACCCAUGGCCCGGGUUGCAAAGCCCACGCUUGCUGUAGCUGUGUCAAAGGCGCAGGGACUGGGGUUCAUUGCCGCGGGUUAUACCAGUGACAAUCUUGAAGAGUUGCUUCAGGAAGCCACAGAGCUAUUCUCAGAUAGUAAGACCACCGGCUCAGAUGAGUCUACUGUUCUCCCAGUUGGAGUUGGAUUUAUCACCUGGAGUGCUUCUCUUCAAACUGCGAUUCCGGCCAUUAAAAAAUAUCGUCCCUGUGCCGUCUGGCUAUUUGCUCCUCCAGCGGGCUACCAAGAUCUUCUUCCAUGGGCAACCGAGAUCCGUGCAUCUACAUCUCAGAAAAUGCAGGGCUCGGAUGCGGGUGGUCAUUCGCAGGCACAAGGUGCAAGCGUUGUCACUUUAGUACCAGAGGUGGCCGACAAGAUUGGAACUGAAAUACAAAGACCAGAUGGUUCCUUGCAAGUCCAGAAUCGCUUAUUGCACAAGGGUACCAACCAGACAUAUAUGGAUUACAUUCGGGGUAUGCCAAAAGAAGAGAACAAGGAGCUCUAUCCUCAAGCAAUGGAAGAAGAUGGGCAAGGAUAUGGCCCGAAAGGUCGACUUACUACAUAUGCGGGAACAGGUGUUGGUCUGGUUAACCACGUAAUGGCUGCGAGCGACAUUGUCACAUCUGUGCGGAAUCUCGCACACGAACUUCUCUAUGGGCGAAGUAAAGCAUCUCGUUUGUGA